GCGCUCGCCGCGACCGCGCGUUCCUGCGACAUCUUUCGCCCAGGAACACGCCUUCAAACCCGUCCCGCCAACGCCAGGACCGGAAACCGCCGCCGUCCCGGCGGGCCUUGCGAGCUCUCCGCCGGCACCAGGACCAUAGAGAGGAGGCGGGUUGCUGCCGUUCCGCGACCUAAUUCAAAAGAAGAGCAGAGACCUCUAAGAAGUCAUUUGGAAACAUCUCUAAAUAUUUGUAACUGUGUAUAAGCAGCUAAAGAAAACUUAACCCACAGCAAAACUAAUUGAAUAAUUGAGGCAGGUUUAUGUAUGUGUCAUCAGUUCUAUCCAGAAGCUGAAGAAUCUUCCUUUGAAUUUAAGGACUGUGUACAUUUAGUGACAGAAUGACUUUUCAAUUUAAUUUCACUAUAGAAAACAAUCUGGAAAAUGAAUUAACACCCGUUGGACAUGGAGUUUUGGCCCUGGAUUCCUCCAAAGAGUCUUUAGUCUCAGAAAGUAAAAAAGAUAGGGACAAAAAAUGUUCGACCGAACAGUUUGACUUGCCUCAGGACCAUGUGUUGGAACAUAAGCCAGUGGGAAAUGCAGCUCCCUCUCAAGACACAGAGAACUCACUCAGCGCAGCUAACAGUUCAAGUAACUUAGAGCCAUGUGAAAAACAUCCCUGCGUGAGAGUUGCCAAAGAGCAUGCUAUGCCUGAAGAUUUCAAGAAAGUGUUAGCAAAUAAAGUCAUAGAAAGGUUACCAGGUCUCCCCCAUGUUAACGUAUCGGUAGUGAAAACCGUCUCGUUGAGAGAGAACUGCCCUGGAGAAAACAUAGUUUCGCAAAGUUGUUCUUCUCACUCUGAUCUGAUUACAGGUGUUUAUGAAGGGGGCUUAAAAAUCUGGGAAUGUACCUUUGACCUGCUGGCUUAUUGCAAAAAGGCCCAAGUGAAAUUUGCUGGGAAAAAAGUAUUGGAUCUUGGCUGUGGAGCAGGGUUGCUGGGUAUAAGUGCAUUCAAGGGAGGGGCCAAAGAAAUUCAUUUUCAAGAUUACAACAGUAUGGUGAUUGAUGAAGUAACCUUACCUAAUGUAGUGGCUAACUCUACCUUGGAAGAAGAAGGAAAUGAUGUCAGCGAACCAGAUGUGAAAAGAUGCAGGAAAUCCAAAGUAGCACAAGAAUUAUGUAAAUGCCGGUUCUUUUCAGGGGAGUGGUCUGAGUUUUGUCAGCUUGUACUAAGUAGUGAAGAAUUCUUUGAAAAAUAUGAUCUCAUUCUUACCUCAGAAACCAUUUACAACCCAGAUUACUAUGGUUCUUUGCACCAGACAUUCCUCAGAUUAUUAGAUAAAAACGGACGGGUGCUUUUGGCCAGCAAAGCACAUUAUUUUGGUGUAGGUGGAGGGAUUCAUCUCUUUCAGAAAUUUGUAGAAGAAAGGAAUGUAUUUGAGACUAGAACACUCGAAAUAAUUGAAGAAGGACUAAAGAGACACCUAAUUGAAAUGACUUUUAAGUAACCCAGUUAAUAUCCACUGAGUGUCCUAAGUGAAAUAAAGAGAAUAAUCAAAAA